AUGAUGAGAUGGGGUACUUNUGUAACGCACAAACACUUCUUCAAAUUAAAAAAAUAUGAAUUUGUUAUUGGUCUACGACAUGAUGAUAAACUUGAGAAAGUUUACAAAAUAUUCCGGGAACCAUGGAAAGAUCUUAGACAGGUUCUAGAUUCUUCUGCAGGUUUCAGCUCCGUGGACUCCCAGCAGAACCUGGCCUUAAACGCUCUCUUGGUGGAGUUCACAAAACUCAGGAGAAGGUUCGAGAUCGUGGAGAAAUCUUAUUUCAAUCUUCAAAAUCAGGUGAAAAGUCUUGAAACACAAAACCGGUUCCUUGUUCACCAGAUAUCACAGUUCAAAUCUUCAGUGGGACAAAUACAAAAUGAUAUUAGAACUUUGUCCUCAAACCAGCCAUCACCAACCUCGCAACCUUCACCAUCUAGCUCUCGUCCUACAAUUCCUAGUUCCCAACCUCCUUCAACUAGCUCUCGACCUCCAGUUGAUAGCUCCCAGCCUCCACAAACAAAUCCAAAACCUCCAUCGUCUAGCUCGGAUCAAAAUGAAAAUUUUAAAACUAGAUUGUUCAACUUAGAAAACCAAUUGGAAUCUUCAAAUUCUCUAUUUUGGAGAAAUAUUUUGGAAUUUAGAUGUCCGACUGCUAGGACCGGAAGUGGAUUACCUAGCGUAGUUUGUGAUUUAAAAACUAGAUUGGAAAAAGCAGAGAAGAAAUUAGAAAAUGAUAAGAAUCUACCUGAGAAAGAUGUAGGGGAACGAGUAGCUACAUCUGCUGAUGGGAUUGAUGCCAAUACAAUUGAUGUUCUACAAAAUGGAGCAGCAGAUGCAUUCUGUGCCAAUACUCCUGCAUUUUCUACAAGAAAAUCUCGAAUUAUGUACCGGGAAACUAUGUUUGAGAAAGGGAAGAUGUUUUCUUUAGAGCAGGGAGAUUUCCAGGUGCCUAAGUCUGGAUUUUACAAUUUUCAAGUUUUCUACGAAACAGAUUUAUGUGGAAGCUUAAGCUUAUGCGGACCAACAACAGUUUUACUUAGAAAAAAUGGCAAAGUAGAGAAAAGAAUGUCCCGAAGCUUGGGUUCAGAUUCAAGACAAGAUUUAGAUUUUGUUGCGGCAUCCUUCCUUCUAGACUGUUCCAGGAAUGACAGGAUGGACCUGUAUCUGGAGGAUUAUUUUGGCGAGGGUCUAAAAAAUGUCAUGUUUUGUGGAUAUUAUGUUGGAUCAUAACCACAUUACAUGCAAAUUAUGCGUUAUGAAUAUACUUAGUUUUUUAGUGUCGUUAGGCCUUGACUUUUGGUUUUACUUCAUAUUUACAUUUUAAGGCUUCAAAAACUUCUGUGCAUUUUCGGUCAAUAGAUUUUCGCAUAAGCUAGCGUGUACUGUGAAUUUUUUAUCUCUACUUUUAUGUUAAUAAAUUCAUUUAGACA